GAGACGUGCGAACUUUCUCUUUAUUCUUAUGAUUGAAAGUUCUUGCGAUAGAGAACUAUUUAUUGGCACUCUUGUUCUAGUCGUACAAAAUAUCAAACUGCUUCUCUCCCAUUUACAACAUGUCUAACGGCAUCCUUCGAGUAAAAGGCGACCAAAUCGUCGACAAGUCUGAUAAAUCAGUCAUUCUUCGUGGAGCGGGCUUAGGAGGAUGGAUGAACAUGGAGAAUUUCAUCACCGGCUUUCCUGGCCAAGAACAUCAACAUCGAGCUGCCAUGUUAAAAGUCCUCGGCAAGGAGAAAUAUGAGUUCUUCUUCGAUAAAUUCCUAGAGUAUUUCUUCAUGGAAGAAGAUGCCAAAUUUUUUGCUAGCCUGGGUUUGAAUUGUCUACGUUUGCCAUUCAAUUAUCGUCAUUUUGAAGAUGACAUGAAUCCUAGAGUUUUGAAGGAAAGUGGAUUCAAACAUCUGGAUCGUGUUGUUGAUCUUUGCGCCAAGCAUAAAAUCUACACAAUCCUCGACAUGCACUCUGUCCCCGGUUCGCAAAACCCAGAAUGGCAUUCCGAUAAUCCAUCAAACUAUGCCUCUUUCUGGGAUCACAAAGAUCAUCAGGAUCGUACAAUAUGGCUGUGGUCGCAAAUUGCCGCCCGCUACCGUGACAACCCAUGGGUAGCAGGCUAUAACCCCAUCAACGAGCCCUGCGAUCCCCAACACCAUCGUCUCCCAGAAUUCUACACCCGUUUCGAAUCCGAAAUCCGCCAGAUAGACCCCAAUCACAUUCUCUGGUUAGACGGAAAUACAUUCGCCAUGGAAUGGAAGCACUUCACCAAAAUACUUCCUAACUGCGCCUACUCACUACACGACUACUCGUCUAUGGGUUUCCCGACCGGCACCCCCUUCAUCAACUCCCCUGCCCAGAUUGCCCAACUAGAAGCUAGUUUCUUACGCAAAUGCACAUUCAUGCAUACCCACUCGGUCCCCAGCUGGAACGGUGAAUUCGGUCCCGUCUACGCCGAUCCAUCUGUCGAACCAAACGCUUCGGAAAUAAACAACCAGCGCUACUCUCUCCUGGGUGCCCAACUACAAAUCUACGAUAAAUACCAAAUCCCCUGGUGUAUCUGGCUCUACAAAGAUCUCGGACUCCAAGGCAUGGUAACCGCAUCUUCCUCCUCCCCAUACAAUUCUCUCACAUCCUCCUUUGUUGAAAAGAAACGCGCUCUCCAGCUCGAUCUAUGGGGACCCCCUGCUUCGGAUUCUCUAAAUAAAGUACUAGAUCCGCUCGUAAACUGGAUUGAAGAAAAUGCUCCAAAAGCAAAAGAACAAUAUCCGACACCGUGGGGUACUCACAGGCAGCUUUUGAGGGGAGUAGUACAAACAUACGUUGUAAGUAGUUUUGCGGAUGAGUUUGCGGAGCUUUUUAGAGGCUUGGGUGAAGAUGAAUUGGAUGCCUUGGCGGGUAGUUGGAAAUUUGAGAAUUGUAUGCGCAGAGAGGGAUUGAAUAAGGUGUUGAGUGAUUUUGCAGAAGUGAGGAGAAGAACUGAGGGGGAGUGAAGAGGUUUUGUGAUAUAGCGCGGUCGGCCAUAUAAUUGGUUGACUCCGCAUUCAUUUUGACUGCUUUUGCCACUGUUCUGCAUGAUAUAUUGCUUAUUUCAAAAGUGAAGCUUGCUAUCCUAAACUCUAGAUGAAAGAAUCAAGAAGGAGGAAUCAAAGCCAGCUCUUCGCCUUUACCACCUCAAGCCCCUGUCUUUCCACCGUCCAUUCGGAUGUAUCAAGCUUCAAAGCAAAUAAGAGGCAGGUGCAAUGAAUGUAAUGAGCGGAAUGAGCUCUUCA